AUGAACCUUGCAUCACCAAGCGAAAUGCACCACAUUCUAGUGGCUCAUGUGGUCAACAGUAUCGUGAAGGUUUCCCAAAUUAAAAAUGACUACGUUGAGUGUGAAUUAACGAGGUUCUUGGCGACCUUAAAUAAGCUCCUCAAGGACUAUCAGAAAACAUUCAACUUGGAAAACAAGACGGAAAUGAUAGGAAGCGACGCCCUUCGAGCGAUUAUUCAAGACACUAGCUUCAAACUGAUACUUCAUAUUCACGAAGACUCCGUUCGUAUCGACGCAUCCCCACAUAAAUUCCAGACGACACUAGCCGAUCUACUAGUGAAUUCUGCAAUACGAUAUAGUGAAAAGUUAACAAAAGAGGUGAAUAAGCUAACUGCAGAGUACCAUGGCACAGAGGAGAGCAUGGAGACCUUGAAACAAUCAGCUGAUGUCCCAGAACCACCUACUACAGAAAAACCACUCGAAGAUCUGCAGUCUCAUCCACUUACUCAAGAUACAACACUUGAACCUGAACCAAGGACGCAUAAUAACCAAGAGAAUACCUCUGAGCCUCUCGCUUUGAGUGAGCGCGCUGAUUUAAGAGUAGAGGUCAAAGCGGAAGAAAACGAUGCUCAUGAUGACCAGAGCGUGAACAUGGAUAUUGAUAACAAAUCUGAAAAUAAGGAUAAUGCAGAAACUCAAGAGGAAACCACAGAGAAUGUUGAAGAGCAGGAAGCUUCACAGCCGCAAGUAGGUCAAGCUGGUGUUUCCGAGAUAGUUGAGGCGGUAUCAACAUCCGACGUGGAUAUCUCGAGAGUACCUCAGAACGUCUUGCCUUCUGAAAACGAAGAAAGUGAGGCAUAUCCACAAGACUUGCGUGAUAACGAACUGGAAGCUAAGUCGAUGGAUCUUGAUAGCGCUCUCACCCCUCUUGAAGCUAUUGAAGAGAAAUCUCGAUCUAUGACGCCAGAAUUGAAGGGCGCCGAUGAUGAGUUAGAGACCGACGGACUCAAUCCUAGAAUCGAUGAAGUAGUCAGAGAAGGCAAAUCAUGCAAGCGGUCUCAUUCACCACUGACAGCUUCUCAAAAGCACAAACGUUUUCAGAAUAUUGCAAUUAACCUCGUUAAAACCAUUGAAGAGCAUCGCUUUCUGUCGCCCUUUUUAACUCCUGUGGAUGCUAAAGAAUACGAGCAGGUUAUUUAUGAGCCCAAAGACCUCAAGAGCAUACUCAAAGCUGUACGUCAAAAGGAUGUACCACCUUACGAAACCGUCAAAGAUCUAGAGCGAGAUAUAAUGUUGAUGUUUGCAAACUGCGUAAUGUACAACAAAUCAAGUACGCAUCUAGUUGAGAUGGCGAGGCAGAUGAAAGAUGAUGUCCGACAAACUUUUAAAAUGUUUGAGGACGCUGAAUCUGAAAUACAUUGA